AUGUCCGACGCUGAAGAAUCCAUGGAGAAAUCACAGAAGAGAUUCCAGAGGAGACGCUUCAUUGGUGCAGCAGCUUUCUGCUUCACCCUGAUUGGAUGUGGAGGCGGCAACGGUGCCGGCUGUCACCUAGCAACAGACAGGAGAGCAUCACUGAAGAGUAAAACCCCCAAACCUUCAUCAUCAUCAUCUUCAUUAACAUCACCAUCACCAUCAUCAUCUUCAUCAUCAUCUUCAUCUUCAUUGUCAUCAUCAUCAUCAUCAUCACCAUCAUCUUCAUUGUCAUCAUCAUCAUCAUCAUCACCAUUAUCACAAUCAUAUUCAUUAUAAUCAUCAUCAUUGUCAUGUUCAUCUUCAUCAUCAUCAUCAUCUUCAUUGUCAUCAUUACCAUCAUCUUCAUCAUCAUCUUCAUUGUCAUCAUCAUCAUCAUCAUCACAUAAUCAUAUUCAUUAUCAUCAUCAUCAUCAUCAUCACAUAUCAUAUUCAUUAUCAUCAUCAUCAUUGUCAUCUUCAUCUUCAUCAUCAUCAUCAUCAUCUUCAUUGUCAUCAUCACCAUCAUCAUCACCAUCAUCAUCAUCAUCAUCAUCAUCACCAUCAUCAUUGUCAUCGUCAUCAUCAUCUUCAUUGUCAUCAUCACCAUCAUCAUUGUCAUCGUCAUCAUCAUCUUCAUUGUCAUCAUCAUCAUCAUCACCAUUAUCACAUAAUCAUAUUCAUUAUUCAUCAUCAUUGUCAUGUUCAUCAUCAUCUUCAUCAUUAUCAUGAUCAUCCUCAUCAUCAUCCUCAUCAUGA